UUCGUGCCGCGAAGUUGACCACCGCCGGACUGUAGUGUCACUUGCGACCCCCCAAUUGGCCACACAGCAGUUGAAAUUCGUAGUGAAAAGUAGUGGAACUCCGCUCGCACCAAAGGGACUCACCUGGGAGCCAUUAAAGUGAUGAAGUGCAAUUAAAAUAAUCAAAAUAUAAAGAAACCAAAGCAAAGGACCAGCCCAAGGAAGAAAACGCUAACAGAGCCGGAGUUGGAGCUGGAGCUGAACUGCCAAUGAAUGACAGACAGGAACUGAAGACUGAACUCAACUAGAGACAUCACCAUCAACAUCAACCAAGGACCAAAGGACGAGGAAAUGUUUUAGGAGCCAGCAGCUGCAGGACUGCGAUAAGGGAAGAAGCCGUACAAGCCCCACAUCAUUAACGAAAAAAUAAACAUUCUGCCAGACAGCGUCGCAAUGUUUUUGCCCGUGAAACCCAACCAUUCUGGCGAGGCGAGUGGCAACAACGAGGAUGUCACCACCACCAGCAACAAUUCCACACAAACGCCCAGCGAUCUGAGCCCACCGGGACCUAAUGAGGAGGUCCUGCCGCAGGCGCAUCAUCAAAAUCCGGGCCACUGCAUCGCCUCAUUUGCCGCCAUUAACCAGAUGAGAAACAACGCCCAGCUCUGCGAUGUUCGCCUGGAGGUGGGCGGAGACACCAUCAACGCCCAUCGAGUGGUCCUGGCCUCCGUGUCGCCCUAUUUCUAUGCGAUGUUCAAUGACGACAUGCUGGAGCGCACUCAGGGAUUGGUGAGACUCCACGACGUGGACAGCAUGGCUCUCAGGCAGCUUAUCGAUUACACCUACACCGGGGAGAUCACCAUCACCGAGCAGAACGUUCAGGUGCUGCUGCCCGCCUCCGGAUUGCUGCAGAUGCACUCGGUACGGGAUGCGUGCUGCAAGUUCCUGCUCCGCCAGCUGCACCCCUCCAACUGCCUGGGCAUAAGGAGCUUUGCCGAUGCCCACUCCUGCAAGGAGCUGCACACCAGGUCCCACAAGUACGCGCUGCAGAACUUCCAGCAGGUGGUCGGCACGGAGGAGUUCCUGCUGCUGCCCUUCGAGGAGGUGCGCGAGCUGAUCUCCAACAGCCAGCUGAACAUCAGCUCGGAGGAGCGUGUCUUUGGCGCCGUCUUGAACUGGGUAAAGCACGACCUUCCGGCGCGUCGCAUCCACACGGCGGAACUGAUGUCUCACGUCCGACUACCGCUGGUCAGCAGGGAUUUCCUCAUGAGCUGCGUGGAGGCGGAGACCCUCAUGCGAGAUGACUCCGAGUGCAAGGAGCUCCUACUGGAGGCUAUGAAGUACCACCUGCUGCCGGAGCAGCGCUCGCUGAUGGGCAGCCAACGGACUCAGGAACGUCGGCCGGAGGGCAUGAAGCCGUACGUGUUCGCCGUGGGCGGUGGAAGCCUCUUCGCCAUCCACAACGAGUGCGAGGUCUACAACCCGCGGACCAACUGCUGGAGUCCAGUAGCACCGAUGCUGUGGCGCCGGUCCCGCUCCGGAGUUACAGCCCUGCACAAGCAGCUGUAUGUGGUGGGCGGAUACGAUGGCGUCAGCGAUCUGGCCACGGCAGAGAGCUAUAAUCCCCUGACCAACAAGUGGAGCAACAUUACCCCGAUGGGCACCAAGCGCAGCUGCCUGGGCAUAUGCUCUUAUGAUGCUUUGAUCUACGUUUGCGGCGGCUACGAUGGAGCCUCCUGCCUGAGCAGCAUGGAGCGCUAUGAUCCACUGACCGGAAUCUGGAGCUCCUGUCCGGCGAUGAGCACGCGACGCAGGUACUGCCGUCUGGCGGUGCUGGAGAACUGCAUCUACAGCUUGGGCGGCUUUGAUUCCACCAACUACCAGUCGAGUGUGGAGCGGUUCGACCCAAGAGUGGGUCGCUGGCAGCCGGUUCCGAGCAUGACGGCUCGCCGCAGCAGCUGCGGGGUAGCCUCCACUGAUGGCCAUCUGUACUGCAUUGGCGGCAAUGACGGCACCAUGUGCAUGUCCAGCGGCGAACGUUUCAAUCUGCGCAGGAACAGCUGGGAGCCCAUCGCAGCCAUGCACUCCAGGAGAUCCACCCACGAAGUGGUCGAGGUGGAGGGCGCCCUGUUUGCUCUGGGCGGCAACGAUGGCAGCUCCUCCCUGAACUCCGUGGAGCGCUAUGACCCGCGGCUGAAUAAGUGGAACGUUGUGAACGCCAUGGUGGCGCGACGCAGUUCCGUGGGAGCUGCCGUGCUGGAGUGCUUUCACCUUGAGCGGGGACUGGUCCAGACGACGAACUUAUGACCCUUGGCCAGCAUAACCGAGUCCUUCGCCGCAGCUGCAGCGAGCGGCGCUAGUAACGGCACCAGUGGGUCAGGACCUCCUCCCACGGGGUCCACAGCUGGAACCCUAACCGUGCCCAGCCGGGCAGAGGCGGCUGCCUUUACGGCCAACAUUGCCCUGAGUAGUUCGGCUCCCUCGGCCAGCUCCACUUUGCGUCGCCAUCGACGGGAGACUCCGGGCCUGGCCGAGAGCCGGCGGGCCAACAGCAACGCCAGCAGCAGCGGCAGCGAGAGCGGUGGCAGCACCAGCAGUGCCAGUACCGGAGGAGGCAAACCACCGGCGACAGCCUGAUCCUGGUCCAUGUCGCGUCGCUUUUGAGCAACCAAACAAAAACAUUCAAUAACAAAACAAAACACUUACAAAGCUAACCCCACGCGCCUAAUGCAGGAAUUUGAUUGUUCGAGUUCGUUAUUAUGGAUAGAAAUAGGAUAGAUAUAUGACUACUAACUGAAGGAAGGAAGCCCCUGCGGACAUUCGAUUGCUCAACCAGGAGUCAACACCGCAGCUUUGAAGUGGAAGCAAGCCCAUAACACACACGUACACACAUUUCUAGUCAAGAUCCUUCACACAUUACAUGGGAUGCCGCUCGCGGGGCUGGGAGACAAAAGCAACCUAAUCUGCCUACAAUUUACAUACAUAUAUAAACCUCUAUACACUUAAAUUAUAUACUGUACACUCUUAUGUACUAUUCUUAUGUAUUUUAUACAAGCAAUUAAAACUAUAAGUCAAUGUUUCGUACUCGUAUUCGGCGACGAAUGCCAGCGUCA